AUGCCCACCCAGUCCUUGUUGGUGUACAUGGAUGGGCCCGAGGUGCUGGGCGGUGGCGCGCUGAGCACAGAGCUGGAGGAUGUAGUGUCCAUCAAGGGGCCACAGCCCACUGUCCCUUUCCGAGCUGCCUCUGAACGAGGCACUGCUGCAGCUGCUCAGCUGGAGGCGCAGCUGCCCCUGGAUUGCAUGUUCUGCAGCCAGACUUUUGCCCACGCAGACGACCUCAACAAGCACGUCCUGCUGCAGCAUCGGCCUACGCUGUGUGAGCCGGCAGUGCUACGCGUGGAGGCCGAGUACCUCAGCCCUCUGGACAAGAGGCAGGGCCGGGUGGACACGGCCCCAGAUGCUGGUGGCCCCGAUGGAGGGGAGGAAGAGGAGCUGAGCUGCGAGGUGUGCGGCCAGGCUUUCCGCACCGCCUUUGACGUGGAGAUGCACAUGAAGACGCAUAAGGACUCGUUCACCUACGGCUGCCAUGUGUGCGGGCGCCGCUUCAAGGAGCCCUGGUUCCUCAAGAACCACAUGCGCACUCACACUGGCAAGGCGGGUGCCAAGGGCAGGCUUCAGCCUGGCCUGGAGAGCCCGGCCACUAUCAAUGAGGUAGUGCAGGAGCCCACCACCGCCCCUGCCACCCUGGCGUCCCCCUACAAGAUGUGCAUGGUCUGUGGCUUCCUCUUCCCCAACAAGGAGAGCCUGAUGGAGCACCGGAGGGUGCAUGCCAAAGAGGAUGCGGCGACCGCUGGCCUUGGCCUGGACCCGCCGCCAUCCCCACCUGCAGCGGCCUUUCUGCAGUUUCUCAACCUGAGGCCAAAGUGCCCGGAUGUUGAACAGAGGCCCCCUCCCAAGUGGAUCCCGCAACUGGACCCGUUCACCACCUACCAGGCCUGGCAGCUGGCCACCAAGGGCAAGGUGGCUGUGUGCCGUGAGGUGAAGGAGCAACCUGGCCAGGAUGGCAGCACUGACAACGAUGACUCGUGCUCGGAGAAGGAGGAGCUGGUGGAGAUCUGGGGCACUGCCCCCGGCCGCAGCCACACCGACACCAAGGCCAAGGGUGGCCGCAACAGCUGCCCGGGGCUGGCAGCUGACAAGGAGAAAGCCCGGCAGGCCGCUGGUGGAGAUGUGCCUGGUGGGGAACCUGACCCCAAACUGGCAGGCAGCAAGGAGAAGCCCACGCAUUGUUCGGAGUGUGGCAAGGCCUUUCGCACCUACCACCAGCUUGUGUUACACUCACGGGUGCACAAGAAAGAGCGACGGACUGACUCUGGGUCCCCCACCUUGGCCACUGAUAGCAGGCAGCACCGCAUUGGCUCGCCUGAGUUGCCCGCCGUCCUGGAGGAGAAUGGGACCCUGGACCGAGAAGGGGGUUCUGAAGACGGAUCUGAGGAUGGCCUUCCCGAAGGACUGCCUCUAGAUAAAAAUGAUGAUGGAGGGAAAAUAAAGCAUCUUACAUCCUCCAGAGAAUGUAGUUAUUGUGGGAAGUUUUUCCGUUCAAAUUAUUACCUCAAUAUUCAUCUCAGAACACACACAGGUGAGAAACCGUACAAAUGUGAAUUCUGUGAUUACGCCGCCGCCCAGAAGACCUCCCUGCGCUACCACUUGGAGCGUCACCACAAGGAAAAACAGGGGGACCCAGCCGCCGAGGGCAAGGCCGAGGCUGCCACGUUGUCCCCUGAGGAUGGCGGCGCCCACACCAAAAAUCUGAAACGCUUUUAUGACGGUGCCAAAGAUGGGAAGGGCAGUGCCCCCGCCGCCAAGCAGCUGAAGGGGGUGACGGCGGCCUCUGCCUUCCAGAACCUUCUGGGAAGUGCCAUCCCCAAAGAUUCUCAGGAUUUUCAGAGCCACACCCCCGAAGACGCUGCUGCUGAGAAGGGGGGCAGCGUGAACGUGCUCAAGAGACGCGCCCCCAUGGACACCCAGCCCCCCCACGUGGCCUGCAGAACUGAACCAGUUGGGGCCCGGCGGGUGGCUGACUGCCAGGACCGGCCCCUGAACCUCUCGGUGGGGGUCCUGCCCAGCUGCCCGGCACUUUCACUGAGCCGCAGCCUGGUCCCCACCGUCACCUGCCCUUUCUGUUCCUUCAAGACCUUCUACCCUGAGGUCCUGAUGAUGCACCAGCGCCUGGAGCACAAGUACAACCCCGAUGUCCACAAGCACUGCCGGAGCAAGUCUCUGCUACGGAGCCGCCGCACGGGCUGCCCCCCGGCCUUGCUGGGCAGAGAUGUGCCUCCCUUCUCUCACCUCCACAGGCCCAGGCCCAAGCCUGCCGGACCUGCUGCGCAGCCCAAAUCUCUGCCCGCUGAGAAAGCCAAGCUCAGCAAGGCGCCCCCUGCCUCGGGGGCAGACCCCACCAGCACUUUAGCACCAAGUAACCUGAAAUCCUCCCACAGGCCCUCACCGGGGGCAGCGGGGGCUCAGGGGGCCCCCGUGGCCGGUCGGCAGCAGCCCUCAGAGCUGUUUGCCAAGGCCAGCACCGAGAAAGCAAGACGCCCAGAUGCCAGGCUUAAGCCCCCCGCCUCGACAUUGCAGCCUUUGCUCCCCAAUGGUUUUGCCGACCAACCCCCCAAGACCGAGGGCCCCUGGGGCUCAGGCAGAGACUAUUUCUGUGGCCGGAGUGCGAGCAGUGCUGCUGCCGAGUUUGGGGAGCCUCUGCCAAAGAGGCCCAAGGCUAGCAUGGCAGCCCCUGAGGGGGACCAGCCAGGGCCCAACUUCCGCCGGGGCUUUGACCACUUGCCCAAGUAUCACUCAGUGCGUGGGGUUACGUCUCUGCUAACCCAGGAGUGUGUGUGCCUGCCAGCUGCUGGGCUGCCCUCCAAGGCCAGGUUUCUGAGCCCCGGGGAGGCUGAGCCUUCUAGCGUGCUGAGCACCCAGAAGGCCUACGGGGCCCCCGGGCCGCUGUACCCCUGUGGACCUGCUGGGAGCUCUGCCACUGCUGGUCCCCGAUUGGAAGGAAAAAGGCCAGUGUCAUAUCAACACUUGUCUAACAGCAUUCUUCAAAAGAGAAACUAUGAGAAUUUUGUUGGGAAUGCACAUUAUCGACCAAAUGACAAAAAAACUUGACUUCCCUCUUUUGGGAAACAAAGGUAUUGCAGGGCGGAAGUGUGGACUCCAUGCAGUUAGAUUAGCUCAGCCCUUGAGAAAGCAAAUGGUGAAAUCUACUGAGAUAAGCUGUGACCGGCCUGUACAUAAUGCACAGAAGGAACACUACAGUUUUGUAAAGUGCUUUGGGUAACUUUGUACCAAAUAGCAAUAAAAAACAAGAGCUGGA